AUGUCGCAGCAGCUGACAUCGCACCUGGAAGCGGCGGGGGUCGAGGAGGACUCGGCGUACUACAUUGGGCGCUAUACGAUCCAAGGCUUGCAAUACGGGUGUCUUGCCGCCACGCCGCUCUACUUGGUCCAAGUGGCGAGGGGGCGCGGGUUCUCGCUGCGCGGCCUGGCGCGCUACAACUGGCUCACACCGCUGGCGGGGGCCACGGCGGGGAGUGUCGCGGGGUACGCGGCAGCGAGCCAGCUGGACCACCCGUCUCUCGCGGCGCGCACGUCCGGGUUGCGCCUCGACGCCCAGCGCGUCCGCCAGGACGACCUGCACCUCAUCGGCAGCGUCCUCGGCGCCCUCGUCCUGCCCGCACUGUUCCUCAGCCGCACCGGGCUGAUCAACGGGUUGUUGGGCGGCGCUGGCCUCGGCGGCGCCGCUGGUCUGCUCACCCACCACGUGCAGAGACUCAGCAAGGGAGGCGACGUCGUCGGCCAGAUCGAGCGCGAGACAAAGGGUGCCUUCGACAAGGCCCAGGCCAAGGCACAGCAGGUCAAGGGCGAGGUCCAGCAGAGGCUCUAG